AUGUCAGCCAUCAACUCCACCAACUCCACUGAUGAGACGAUAGUCAAAUUCACUGUCAGCACACAGUCGUUACUAUCCUCGCUGUUGAUCAACUCUCUAGUUGGACUGUUGCUCGUAAUGGUUUAUUCCGCACUUCGGCUAUAUGUCCGAUCUGUCUAUGAUCCUCGAAAGUCAGGCACUAAAAAGUCUCUUCGAAAUCCAUUCGCGUGGAUUGCGGAAGCUAUUUACGCUUCAGAUGUACAUAUAUACGAGAGAGCAGGGCUAGACGCGUUAGUCUUCUCGCGAUUCAAUUGGAUGGCGAUCGAACUAUUUACUGUCAUGUCAUUCUUCUCUAUUGUCAUACUGCUACCCAUUAAUGUCGUCGGCGGAUUGAAACUAGGAGGGAUCGAGGAAUUGAAUAUUGGGAACAUUAUAGACGAUCGCAGGUUGUGGGCACAUCUGGUCUUGACGAUAUUAUAUUCGCUCUUCUUGAUGUAUAGGCUAUCUCAAGGCAUGGAGUCGUUUGUCAAGCUGCGGCAUGCUUGGCUAAUCUCAAAAUCAAAAAAACCUGCAUCUGCAACCGUGCUCUUCCUCAACGUGCCGUCAGAGCUAUCCAGCGUGGCCAAGAUGUCGGCACUUUUUGAAGGUGUCUUGCCUAUACAGGAAGUCAUAUUUUCCAAAGACGUACUCACCUUGGAAAGUGAUAUAAAAAAACGAUCUUCGAUUCUACAUAAACUCGAAAAAGUAUUGGCAAGGUAUAUAAUUCGCACUGCCAAAGUAGGUGGAUCUCCCGCCAAGACAUAUACGCCACCUGUUGAAGCUGCUGCUUUAUGUGGACAAAUCAGAGAUCUGACAACACGAAUCACCAACUUGCAAGACCCUGAACGAACCAGUCACCCAGAUCUACCAGUAGCUUUUGUACGGUUUGAUUCUACGACUCACGCCCAAGUUGCUGCACAGCUCGUGCUGCACAGCGACUUAACUAAAAUGGCACCUGUAUAUGCUGGAGCUGACUUGCCACCCGAAGAGAUUGUUUGGUCAAAUUUAGCCACGCCUGGAUGGUCGAGAUUGUCUCGUAAAUAUAUAGCACAGGUGCUAUCGUUAACUAUUAUCCUCUUCUUCUCCAUCCCGUCCACGGCAAUAUCUGCCUUGGCAAAUAUAUCAGCUGUAAUACCGAGUGUACCUUGGUUGGCUUUCCUGCUUCAGAAUUCAUUGGCAGUCGGUGUCUUUCAAUCUUUAAUACCUCCCAUACUUCUUUCGUUGCUCCUUCUGCUAGCUCCUCUUGCAUUUACACUUCUUGCUCAAUUUGAAGGACAUGUAUCGAAAGUGGACAUUAGUAGAUCAGUAGCGGAUCGGUUCUUUGCUCUACUGAUUCUCAACGUCUUUUUGAUCAUCGGUUUGACUGGUGGUGUGAUACAGUCUGUUUCAUCAAUUAUCAACAAUCCAACAUCGGUGAUAGACACCCUCGCACAACGGGUGCCUAACAGCGCAAACUUUUUUCUGAGUUAUGUGUUGCUUCGAGGGUUCUUGGGCGGAGCUCUGGAGUUGAUACAGGCAUGGUCUCUGAUAGUAAAAUGGGUCGUGCCCCGGUUUUUUCAACAAACACCGAGGAUACUAUUAUCUAGGCGACAAACUAUUGUCCCCGACAUGAGUGUCAUGAUUCCUUUUACAUCUUUAGUAUUGUGCCUUGGAAUCAUAUUCAGUACUUUGGCUCCCAUUAUGCCUCUUGCUACGCUAGCCUAUUUUGGAGUCACUCAGGUUGUCUACAGAAAUAAUUUCUUGACCAUCUACAAGUCCCACGAUACUGGUGGAUUGCUGUACCCUCACGCUGUUAAACAGGUUUAUGUGGGAAUUAUAUUACAGCUGUUGACUACUCUUGGAAUAUUUAUCUUGAAACAGGCCUUUUAUCAAACCGUCAUAAUAAUAAUUGCUCUUAUCGCCAUCAUCGCAUGGGUACAUGAAAGUGGUCGAUAUGACAGAGUCUUUCCAUUCUUGCCACUAUCAACAAUACUCAACCGAAAACAAAAACAGACUGGAGGACUAAUUAACCUCACCACAAAUAGCCAACCUCCUUCCAUUAAUAAUACACCACGACCAUCGACAAACACCAUCCCAACAUUACGAGUUGUCCCGCCACCAGUACAAGAGGAAGAGAAUCACAAUAAUUUUAGGACAAUGGUUGGUUCCAACUUGGAUCGAUUGUCAAAGGCUUUAUAUCUAGAACGAAUACGAGUACGGUUUGGUCUGAACGCCGAACCAGUACAUGAUGACCUGGUGGUACCUUCAACUAGAACGUCGAUUAGUGAGCCAGCAGUACCGGAACAAGAUGCUGACUCGGUCCCACAAGAUGGUGAUUUGUCGUUGCCACGAGAAGAUAAAGAAGAAGCAGAUAUAUCUGCUCCCGCUACUGCACAAUCAUCUGCUGGUGAAACAUCAGGACCAAUGACAUAUCUAGCUGAUACACGUGGUGACUCUGAAGCUACACUGCAUGACCAGGAAAAACGAUUGCCUCGUGGUAGUCCCAAUAAGUUCGAUACUCUAUUGUCACAAAAGUCGAGACGUGUCGUAGAAAAGCACUGGGCUCAAUCAGCAUACCAAAACCCCGCAUUGAAGCAUAUUCCAGAAGCUGUUUGGCUGCCUGAAGAUGACCUGGGAUUGUCUCAUUAUCUCGCCACGACGUUAUCUCAAGAGUAUGGUAUAGAAUUUGUGGUUGGAGAUGGGUGUUGGGUCACGAAAGGGAGAUUUGGUGGGGCCUGGAUGCACAUGGACGCACGUCCUCGUGAAGAGGUUGUUGAGUUGGACGAUUUAAGAAGGAAUAAUACUGGGAAAAUGCCAGCGUGUCCAGAGUUCCCACAGUUUGUGAUAUUUACGACCAAGAGCUUUGCAAUGAAGAAGACAGAUUCACGUAAGAAGCUGGCAGCUGCCACUCGACCUCUAAUGUCACCAGAACAUGUACUAGCUUGGGCCAACAGCCUUGGAUUUGGAUGUGUUGCUUCGCAAACUGACGUCGAAGUCAAGAUUGAGCUCGAUCAAUCUUACAAUCAAGCUAUUCGGAGUAUAGAUCUUGAGGAAGACCUACCUGAGACAAUCACAACAUGGAAGCACCAGAUUGAAGCGAAACGCCAACGCCGAAUGGAACUCAUUGCUAAACGUGAUCGCUUGUUGGAUUCAGUGUCGGCUGCAAAGAAACGUGUUGAUACACUCAAGCAGGAAUGUCGGGCCGAGUCAAUGGGUAUUCAAGCUGGAGUGCAAAAUGUAGCAAGGCUUCGAGAGAGUUGGCUGGAUAAGAUGUCAAGAGUCGAGUUGCUUCAAGUGUCUCGACAAUCAGAGGUACAGCAAGCGGCUGUGUAUCAAAAGUAUUCUCAACUUAUACAAUCGCUGAAGGAUUCGAAUGUCAAAAGUGUGAGUGGAUUUGUCUUUGAAGAUACGUACCUACGAGUUUUCUCUAACGUAUUUCAUAAGCCCAAGAAUGAUGCACUCCUUUCAGAUUUCGACAAUUGUCUUUGUGAAGUCCAAGAUGCAAUAGGGACUAGUAAAGCUACAGAAAAACUCACCCAAGUUGUGAAUAUUGCAAAGAAGUUUCCAGCCGCCGAACUGCUGUCAACACUACAUGCCAAAAUGUUGACUGAUUCAACAAAACAUCUCAUACCAGCAACAACACCCUCACAGAAACGUUCUCUCGAAGAAUGGAAUCUGAUACAUGACGCUGCUCAACACCAUGUGAAUCGAUUUCAACAAGUCGAAAAGUUGAUUGCGGAAGCAAGUGAUUAUAAGACACGUUGCUCUGGAGCAGUCUCAGAGAUUGAGCGUCUGUUAAUGCAAAGAAUGUCGAAGGAUGAGACUAAUGAAGCCUUGUCACUCAUAAUUGCUAAAGUUGAGAGAGAUGCAAGUCAAGCCGCCCUUGACCAUGCAGUUGCGUUACUGAAUAUUGCAGUCCAUCAGCGUGAUGCAAGACAAGCUGAGUCAACCUUGAAGGGUUUGGAAGACGAAUCGUUGUACCUUGCUGCGAGACUGAAAUCCCUCAAAAGUGUUGUUACUGGUCUGUUGAAAUCGUCUCGACAACCUAUACUACAUGCAAUCUCAGAGAACGUUGAAUACGCUUCGUAUGGUGGCCGGCUCAGUGAUGACCUAGCGAGUGCGAUGAAAUCUUCGUCGGAAAGUUCCCUGGCAUUGUACAAGAGCAUACCUCAACAGGGUGUUGGUCAUCUUUUCAAGCCAUCAAGCUUGGGUUUGUUUCUUGUGUCUCGUGAGAGUCCCAUCAUUUCUGGCUCUCGGCGUCCUAUGGAGCAUAGAGUUACCGAAAUUCAAGAGCUCAAACGUAAAGAUCAUCACUUGAAUCAAGUCUUGGCACAAGAACUGGAACCUUCGUUGAAAUCUUGGAAGGACACUCUGGACUCCUUGUCCAACAAACUGUCGUUGCCGCGUUCAGAGACUUUUUUGCCGGAUUUCGUCAAUUUGCUGACAAACACAGUCGAAGGACAUGCAGUAGCUUGUCAAACACGCUACAUACCCGCAUUAAACACUGCAUUAGAAGAAUCGAGAGUAUGUCAGGAUAUCAUGAACAAGGAAAUUGUUGAUAUUCUCGCGGAAAGAGAGCUUGUACAUAAAAUUGUACUCUGA